GUAGCGGAAAGCCUAGCUACUCUGGCCGGCCCAAUUGAGUGUCAACGAGGCUGAGCAGCACCUACCGAAUUUCAAUACUCUGGUGCAGUCCCAAUCGAGCCAUCCACGGUUUCCUCCACUUCCACCACCAAACCCCACCACACCUCGCCUUCAUUCCUAUACACCUUCACACCACCACACCACCCUCAAUUACACCGUCACUUCUGAAGCAACAAUGUUCGCUCCAUCUCGCGUCCUCCUCCGCAGCAGCCUCCGCGCUAUCCCACGUACCGCCGCCCCCCGACGCGUCGUCUCCGCCGCCGCCGCCCGCGGUUUCGCCAGCGGCCCCCCAAAGACUAGCAUGCCGGUGCUGCCAAUACUGGCGAUUCUCGCGGCCGGCUCCACGGCAUUCUACUACCUCGUGCAAGCACGGAAAGAUCCCCUCCCCGCCAUCGAGGCGCACCAGCCCGCCCAGCAGCAGCAGAUCGCGCCGCCGCCGACCAAGAAACCAACGUUCUCGCCGCAGCAGGUCUCGGUAAUCUUUGUGCUCGGCGGCCCCGGCGCCGGCAAGGGCACGCAGUGCGCGAACCUCGUCCGCGACUAUGGGUUUGUCCACUUGAGCGCCGGAGACCUGCUGCGUGAGGAGCAGAACCGUGCAGGUUCCGAGUUUGGCGAACUCAUCAAGACGUAUAUUCGUGAGGGAAAGAUUGUCCCGAUGGAAGUGACGGUCGCGCUCCUCGAGAACGCCAUGAAGUCCGCGAUCGCCGCGCAGGGCAAAUACAAGUUCCUGAUUGACGGGUUCCCACGCAAGCUCGACCAGGCCUACAAGUUCGAGAGCGACGUGUGCCCUAGCACGUUCACGCUGUUCUUCGACUGCCCCGAGGAGGUGAUGCUGAAGCGCCUGCUCAAGCGCGGCGAGACCAGCGGCCGCGACGACGACAACAUCGAGAGCAUCAAGAAGCGCUUCCGCACGUUCACCGAGACUAGCUACCCGGUCGUCGAGUACUUCCGCGCGCAGGGCAAGGUCAUCGACGUCGAUGCCACCAACACUCCCGAGGGCGUCUAUGCGCACGUCAAGAAACAGCUCAAGGAUAAGCUGAAGACCAUGGACAAGGCUUAGAAGAUCCUGUCGGUCAAACACUUGUCUACCAAGCGUCCGGGUGUCGGGGCCUUCACUGCUGCCGUGUCGUUUUUGCUACUCGUGGGAGGUUUACGUGGUGGUGAAGCGCAGGUUUCCCACUGGUGGCCCCGACAAGCGGCGGAUGAUGGCUCCGGUAAUCGCUCACGCACACUGCUUUCUUCUCAUAUUCCUUCCUCUCAUAUUCCUUCAUCUGUUUGUUUCUAGAUCAUACCUACUACUUCAUACCUUCAUUUUCUUUUGUACUGUGCUUUUUUGAGCGGGCGGGCACGACUUCUUUCCUUUUCUUGUAGAAGUCCGCAUUAUACAUUUAGUUUCAUACCU